AUGGCCAUAUUUCAGGUCUUCCAGGCCAAACUCCUCCGCUCGCUGGAAGAGUCUGGAAUUGGAGCGCCGGCUUUCAAGGACCUUCGCAGUGCCACCGACCUUGCCCUGCGAGCCACGAAGGCCACGGCCCAGGCCAUCGGGCAUUCCAUGGCCAGCCUGGUAGUGUUGGAGCGCCACCUGUGGCUCAACCUAACCCCCGUUCUGGCCAGCCCGAGUAUGGUUCUCGGACCUGAUAUCCCUUCUCGACGGGUCUCCAAUGGAGAUUCCAAUCAGGAGGGACCUUCUCUCUCAGGCAGGCGAUCUGAUAUUGCACCCCCACCAGGAGUCAUGGAUGCUGUGGGUGUGGCCUCUGAGGGGGCACAGCUCAUAUAUUCUGGUCUCUCAACUGAGAUAAAGUUUCUAUCUGUUAUUAAGUUCUAUCUGUUUCUAGAUGCACCUCAGACUUCCAUCUAUCCAAAGGAUAAUGUACAGCUGGGUAUUCUGAACACCCUUGUCUGUCAUGUGACUGGCUUCUACCCUCCAUCUCUCAGCAUCUCAUGGACUAAGAAUAAUGUUAAUGUGACAGAGGGUAUGAGUUUAAGUCAGUACCAUCCAAGGACAGAUGGUACAUUUAACAUAUUCUCCACUCUCAAGUUUACACCUGCUGAAGGAGACAUUUACAGCUGCACGGUGAACCACAGAGCCCUCCAGGGUCAACCUCAGACCAAAAUAUGGGAUGUUGAAGUUGCCCUCCCAGGUGUUGGUCCAGCUGUGUUCUGUGGAAUGGGUCUGACUCUUGGACUGUUGGGAGUCGCUGCUGGAACAUUGUUUCUCAUUAAAGGAAAAAGCUGCAACUGACCUAUGGAACCAUGGAAGCACACUUUGAAAAGUUCCAAUGGUAAAAGUUUACAAUAAGGUUUCAUUAGUUAACAAUAGUUCUUGUCCCAUUGACAUCCUCCAGAAAGGGAAUGUCUAAUGUAACCUCUUUUCCCUUAGAACAGGUAAUGAGACACUGCAUCUCCCUGCCAUGCCUUGGGGCUGCCUGCUGAACAGUCUCUACAGAAAAUAAGCAGAUGACAUGUUCUCUAGGCACCCCUUAUAUACUAUACAAUUGCUGUGAUUUGAUAAGCAUUUCAGACACCAGUUCACAUAGAGGUGUUCCCCAAUAGUGUCAUUGAUGCAGUGUGUCAUUCCAUGUUCUCAGGGAACAGAGGUUAUAUUAAAGGGUUAGUUUACCCAAAAAUGAAAUUAAUGUAAUUUAUUCCUCACCCUUACAUUGUUCUACACCCGUACCUUCGUUCAUCUUCGGAAUACAACUUGAAAUCCGAUGGCUCAGUGAGGCCUGCAUAGACAGCAAUGCCACUGAACUUCUCAAGAUCAAGAAAGGAUCUGAAUCUAAACAAAACAUUCAAAGCAGUGUUUUAAAAUCGGCCAUCGCCAAAUAUUGUUGUAUUAUAAAGCAACGAGAAUACUUCUUGUGCCAAAAAAGUAUUUAUUAACUUGUCUUAAUGUUCAUGUUCACGUUAGCUCACAGUCAGAAACAACUUUUCUAACAGCUUUUUAUUGUUAGAAUAUUUUUGUUAUUUCAUGUUAGUCAUAGCAUUUACUGCAUGUUUACAAAUGAGACCUUACUGAAAAGUGUUUCCGAUCUAUUAAUCAACUGAGCAAUCUGAAAAUAAAAUAAAACUAAAAUAAAAUAAACUAUAUUUCACUUUUGUGUCAUUUCAAACAACAGGUGACAUUCUUGAUGUUAAAGAUAUAAAUACAUAGAGGCAUAAAUCUGGAUUAAAUCUGUCCUAGCAUUUUAUUGUAUCUUUAAUAUUUCAAGAAGCAUUACCACCUUUGCUUUCGAUGUAACACCAAACAUGCAUGUUAAACCUUAUUUCUUUAAGAAAACCUUACUAAAAACAUCACAUUUGCAAUUCAAAUUAUUCUUU